CCUUUAUAGUUAAUAAUUCCGCUACAUUUGGGAAACUUCGAUCAACAGUUCGGUUGCUUGGUUCGUUAGCAUUCAAAAUGGCGGACCCUUCCACUUCGUUUGUGUCGAAUGAGACACCUGGAGAAGUAGCAAGGACAAUAGAACUUGUUGAAUCUGUGUUGCAGUCCAACAUCACAACUGAUGCCCUACUGAUCUCACAAGCCCAGAUACAUUCUCCACCUGUAUGGCUUGGGACUGAUCCUGCCUGCCUGGCUAGUGGCAUAUCUCAGAUAGAGGGUUUUACUAAAGUCUUGCCAUCAGGAAUCAAUGAUGUCCCUCAGCCUAAUAAGACAGGAAUGAAUACAGAAAAAGUUCAAGUUGAGCACAACAGUCCAACUCAAACAGAAAAAAAGAUAAGUAAAGAAACAGAGCCUUUGAAAACACAAAAUGCCUUGUCUGAUGAUAAACAAGCCUUAAAGCCAUAUGCAUGCUCUACUUGUGGAAAGUGCUUCAAGACAAAGUCGCAGUGUUGCCGCCAUGAACAGGGUCACCUCGGUGAGAGACCAUAUGAAUGUGACGAGUGCCAUAAGCGGUUCAAACACAAGUGGACUCUGAAAGAUCAUGUAAAGCUACACAAUGACAACUUAGAGAAGCCUCACAAGUGUGACCUGUGUAACUGGGCCUUCUUACUUAAAAAGGAUUUAAGAAGACAUAUGCUGACCCACACCAAGGAAAAGCCUUUUGCAUGUUCAACUUGCAACAAGGCGUUUGCAACCAAGCAGACACUAAUAGUGCACAUCCGUGUGCAUACAAAUGAAAGGCCAUUUGUGUGCAAUGAGUGUGGAAAAGCUUUUAAGACCAGCGGUGAUCUUGGGGUUCACAAGCACCUCCAUUCUGGCAAAAGACCUUUUAAGUGUGAACAAUGUGACAAAGGCUUCUUGAAAAAAUCCUCCCUCACAUAUCAUCUCACUCUACACACAGGUAAAAGACCUUACCAGUGCCAAGAGUGUGGGAAAUCUUAUAGGUUAAGAUCUGAGCUUAACUACCACGAACGCAGUCACAAGUGUGUAUUCCCGUGUAAAGAGUGUGGGAAAUCUUUUCGGUCCAGUUAUUUGCUUGAGGUCCACCUCCGCAGACAUGCUAUUAAAACAAAAUGCAAGUAUUGUAAAGAGGGGUUUGCAACACAUAAGGAGUUGGAAACCCAUGUGUUAUCGGUCCAUUCAGAUGCUCUUGUGAGUUGCAAAUUGUGUAAUGAGUUGUUUGAAGGUGAAAAGCGGCUAAGAGUUCACAUAAGCAAAUCCCAUCAGGAGGAAACUACAAAAUGCACAUUUUGUAGGCAAAGGUUCAUUACACUCAAAGAAUUGGAAGGCCAUCUGUCAUCAAACCACUCGAAUGUUUUAUUAAAGUGUGACUCAUGCAAUGAGAUGGUUACAGGCAAAAGGGCGCUAAGAAAUCACAUGAAGAAAGUCCAUCAAACUUCAACAACAAAAUGCGAAUUUUGUAAAAAGGAGUUCACAGCGCUUGAAGAUUUGGAAAGGCAUGUGUCAUCUAACCACGACUUGAGUUGCAUAUUUUGCAGGAAGUUGUUUCACGGGAAAAGUCUGCUGGAAAGGCAUGUAAGUAAAAGACACAAAGAAGGCACCAAACCCUCGCCAUCUAAGAAGAUUAGAAUGGUUUUACAAGACCACUCUUCACAAACAGGGAUACAGGAAAUGAUUGUUACAAUGCCUGAUCAUAGUCAGCAGAAUAUUUACCAAGAAUGCGUAAAUAUAGAGGAUUGUCAUGGUGACCUGGAUUCUCACAACGAAAGUCCAUCUCAACCAGAAGCAGAUACUGGUGAAGAAGAAGAGUCGGCAGGAAUGCAUGAGUCUUCAGAUGAGAAAACCUCAGAGGAUGCUGAUGAAGGUUUUAAAACCAGAAGUAAUCAACAUGAUCAUCAAUGCCACCGUCGCACCAGUGAUAGACAACUCAAGUGUGAUCAGUGUGGUAAAGGCUUCUUGAAGAAAUCCUUCCUCACAAGGCAUCUAAAAGAACACGCUGGCAAAAAAGCACAUCAGUGCAAGGAGUGUGGUAAGACCUUUAAGUCCAGUACUACGCUCAACCUCCACAAACGCAGACAUGCAGGUCCACAGAUUUGUGGAAUCUGCAGCAAGGAGUUUGCGACGAAAAAGAAGUGCAUUGCUCACUUUAUCACAGAGCACCCAUGUCCUGAGUGUGGGCGGACAUUUAGAACUAUGCACACUCUAGAAAAACACAAGGAGUCUCAUAGAAUCGUGGAACAGGAAAUGUGGAAAUGCAACUGGUGUGAGAAGAGUUACACACGAAAGAGUAAUCUCACAGCACAUUUAAAAAUGCACAAAAACAAGAAACCUUUCUCUUGCAAAGCCUGUGGGAAGUCGUUUUUCUACAAGUCAAGUUUGGUGAAUCAUAAGUGUAUGAACGUUUCAAGCACAGACAAAGAUGAAUCCAUUGAUUAGAAAUGUUGAUUUGGAAUAGGACCACACCUUCCACAACCUAACAACAUAAAGCCA